AUGACAUCUGUUCGUACAAUACUCUCCAUAACUGCUUCUAACGGGUGGUCUCUUCAUCAAAUGGAUGUAAAAAAUGUUUUUCUUCAUGGUGACCUGACGAAAGAUAUUUAUAUGACUCCUCCUCAAGGUUUAUUCUUGUCAUCUAAGGGUGUGUGCAAGCUCAAACGCUCCUUAUAUGGUUUGAAACAAGCGCCUAGAGCAUGGUAUGAAAAAUUCCGCUCAACUUUACUUGGGUUCUCCUUUACUCAGAGUCAAUAUGAUUCUUCUCUAUUUAUUCAUAGAACUUCUACUGGAAUUGUCCUACUUCUUCUGUAUGUUGAUGAUAUGAUUAUUACUGGUUCUGAUCAUGCUUCGAUUCAAAGCCUUAAACAACAGUUACAAGCAUCGUUUCAUAUGAAAGCUCUUGGUAAUUUGCAUUACUUUCUUGGUCUUGAGGUUCAUUCUACAUCCAAGGGCCUAUUCCUCCAUCAACACAAGUACGCCACAAAUUUAAUUUCUAUGGCUGGUCUACAAUCGGCUAAUCCAGUGGAUACUCCUCUUGAGGUUAAUGUUAAAUAUCAUCGUGAUGAUCGUGAUCUCUUGCCUGAUCCCUUAUUGUAUCGUCAACUCGUGGGUAGCCUUAAUUACCUGACUAUUACUCGCCCUGACAUAUCUUUUGCUGUUCAACAAGUAAGUCAAUUCAUGCACUCUCCUCGUCAUCUUCACUUGGCAGCAGUUCGUCGCAUAAUUCGCUACCUGAAGGGAAGCUCUCAUCGUGGUUUGUUCUUUCCCGCUGGAAUUGCUCCUAAACUGAGUGCUUAUAGUGAUGCUGAUUGGGCAGGAUGUCCUGAUACUCGACGAUCUGUCACUGGUUGGUGCAUGUUUCUUGGCUCUUCAUUGAUAUCAUGGAAAAGUAAGAAACAAGCAAGAGUCUCUAAAUCUUCUACUGAAUCUGAGUAUCGUGCCAUGUCUGCUGCCUGUUCUGAAAUAAUUAGGCUUCGUGGUCUUUUGGCUGAACUUGGAUUUCCUCAAAUAGAGCCAACUUCACUUUAUGCGGACAAUACAAGUGCCAUCCAAAUCGUUGUGAAUCCUGUUUUUCAUGAACGCACCAAACAUAUCGAAGUUGAUUGUCAUUCGAUCCGUGACGCAUAUGAUGACAGACUAAUAUCACUUCCUCAUGUCAGUACUCAGUUGCAGGUUGCAGAUAUUCUUACCAAGGCCGUUCCGCAUCCACGUCAUCAGUUUCCUGUUAGCAAAUUGAUGCUCAUUGACCAAUAA